CUUCUUCCCAGCACCUGCUCCGAAAGAGUGUUAAGACUCAACGUGCUUACCCAGCCGAGUGGACCGAGUGAAAGGAACGAACGCACAAACUCAGUGACUCGUUGACUCAGUGACUCGUUCGCUAUUUAUAUCAAAAACUUCUUCACUUGCUUCUUUCACACACAAUCGUCUCUUCUUCUUCUUCUUUGACGCUUUGUAGAGAGAGAAAGUUCCGCACAGUGGUUCAACGCUGAGGAGAGAGAAACUCUUCUUCGACGGUUUCUAGAGAGAGAAACAGUAAUGGCCGGUGUUAAUCCGAACGGCGUCGCCGAUUUUCCGGCGGUUCCGACGCACGGUGGACAGUUCAUUCAGUACAACAUAUUCGGUAACCUCUUUGAGGUUACGGUGAAGUAUCGUCCUCCGAUCAUGCCUAUUGGUCGCGGCGCCUACGGAAUGGUUUGCUCGCUGUUGAAUACAGAGACGAAUGAGUUGGUGGCUGUCAAGAAGAUAUCGAACGCUUUCGACAAUCACACGGACGCUAAGCGCACGCUCCGUGAGAUUAAGCUUCUGAGGCAUUUGGAUCAUGAAAAUGUAAUUGGUUUGAGAGAUGUUAUUCCCCCACCCUUGCGUAGAGAGUUCAAUGAUGUCUACAUAGCCAUGGAACUCAUGGAUACUGAUCUGCACCACAUUAUUCGCUCCAAUCAAAAUCUGUCAGAGGAACACUGCCAAUACUUCUUGUAUCAGAUUCUUCGUGGACUGAAGUAUAUACAUUCUGCAAACAUAAUCCACAGAGAUUUAAAACCAAGCAACCUGUUGCUGAAUUCAAAUUGCGACUUGAAGAUUAUUGAUUUUGGUCUUGCCCGGCCAACUUUAGAAAGUGACUUCAUGACAGAAUAUGUAGUCACAAGAUGGUACAGGGCUCCGGAAUUGUUGUUGAACUCCUCGGAUUAUACCUCUGCUAUAGACGUGUGGUCUGUUGGUUGCAUUUUUAUGGAGCUUAUGAACAAAAAGCCUCUGUUUCCAGGCAAAGAUCAUGUGCAUCAGAUGCGCCUAUUGACAGAGCUUCUUGGCACUCCAACUGAGGCUGACCUUGGGUUAGUGAAAAAUGAAGAUGUAAGAAGAUAUAUCAGACAACUUCCUCAGCAUCCUCGCCAAAAUUUAGCUCAGGUCUUCCCCCACGUUCAUCCUGCAGCCAUUGAUCUCGUUGAUAAAAUGUUGACUAUUGAUCCCACCAAAAGAAUUACAGUUGAAGAAGCACUAGCCCACCCAUACCUUGAAAAACUGCACGAUGUUGCCGAUGAACCAGUCUGCAUGGAGCCAUUCUCAUUUGAUUUUGAGCAACAGCAUUUGGACGAAGAGCAAAUAAAAGAGAUGAUCUACAGGGAAGCAUUGGCACUCAAUCCUGAGUAUGCUUAAAGCAGAAAGACUCAAGGAAUUUAAGCUUAGAAGCAAAAAUAAGAAUUCAUUUUCAAUUUUUUCAUUUAAAAGGUUUCCUGCUGUACAAGCAGGAAAGGAUAAAGUCGAAUGAUAAUUCAAUCUUGUUAUCAAUCAAACUCCCUAGGUAAUAUAUUCAAUCUGUACGACUAGUUAGGUGCAAUUCCAGUUUGAUGAAUGCCCCUCUGUUGUAAAGUGCCAUGUAAUGUUAAUCCCCAUAUAUUUUUUUUAACCCUGAUGGGUUAUUAUUAUUAUUUUCUUUGGGCGUGCUUUCUUUGUUAACUCAACAUGCAUCUUGCUCAAGUUAUUUGUAUUAUAACUUGCUACCUUGAUUUAUUCUUUUUUCUGUUAUAUUAUCUGUAUAGUGGAUUUGAAUUCAGCGAGAAAAUUUUUAGAGUACUUAAGUGUGUGGUUCAGAAAACUGAACGCAUGGACCUUCGUUUGACGUGUUACUUUUCAAGUUUGAUGCGUGUUAUAAGCAUGAGUUAUAGAUUGAUAUUGCGAUGUUUCUGUAGUGCUUUCUGGUCAAACUAGAAGCGUUGUCUAUCUUCGUUCCUAAUUUUCCUUAAUGUUACUCACGCCUGAUUUGUGAAGAAUUGAGGUCAAUUAUGGUUUUCCAAAAGUAGUUAGUUAACAAAAUUUAUGCUACUACUUGUGAUGGCUAACGUGUGCAGAGGGUAAGGUUUAAAGGCUCGCGAGUAUUACUUACCAUUUUUUUAGAACUCUUCUUUUCUCUCACGGUCAAGAUGAAUUUUUUGUCGUAUCGGAUUGUUAAAGUUAAUAGGAAACAAAAUAGUUCAACUUUAAUGCGUUCCAGUGCUAAAGAAUUUUACUCUAGUAUGUUAUACUAUGUUGUUACAUUUACUAAUUUAAGCAAUACAUGAAAUGGUAAAUUUAUUGAACAUUUUAAAUGACAAUGUAAAUUUUACAAAAUUAUUUAAAUGAAAUUGUUCAAGUCCUAACAAAGGAAGUGCGGUAAAAACCAACAAAAGAGGGAAUGGAACAGGCCAUCUGCAACUUGUAAGAAUUAUGCAGUACUUUUCUGCAACAAGUGGAGACUUCUAUAAAUAUAAUCUUUAUUAUUUAAAAUGUUUUGAAUGCAACAAUAGCUAUUUAAUAAUUAUCUGAGUAUUUAACUAGUAACUUGAUCACUAAAUCUUUUACCAUAAAAUCUAAUUAAAACAAGGCAAAACAUGAAGUAAAAUGCAUUAAACAAUGUUGUAUGCUAACGUGAUGAGAGAAUAUUGAAUUAAUGGGAAGACACUAACGUGUAGAUCCUCACACCUUACAAUUGGAGGAAGACUUCAAAAACAAAAAUUACAUAAAAGCAAAAACUAGUGCACAAAUAUCAUUUACAAUUUGAGAACAAUCAGUUUAUUAAUUUUUUUAAGCAUCUUCAGAUUGAGGCAUAAUUGUGGCAACUAGCAAUUCUAUCUGCGUAGCACUAUGGUCCGUACAACGUGUUCUGACUUUUUAAUGCUGGUUCAGGCAAAGAAAAACGGGUUAGUGAUUAAUGAUGUGAGGAUCAAAUCCCAGCAUUAUCAUUAUGAACUGGAAUGAGGGAUAUUGUGUUUGGUACAAUCAAAUGGUCCAAUUGCUUGAUUCUUUCGCCUCACCUGCAAACCAAAAUGAAGCAAAGAAAUUAAAGAAAUACAAAAUAUAUCAUCAAGAUGAGAAGCGAUGAUUAAUGAACAACAUAGGGAAGUAGCAAUAAUAAUGCAACUUUCUGAUAGAUGUUAGUUAGCAAUAAAGAAAUAAAACUGAAAAGUUGGUUAUCAUGACAUCAAAGAUAUGUAACUAAUGAGUAAACAUUGGUGUAGAGCUAAUGAUUAAUGAAAAGGUGUUUAUAAAGAUUCCACAAAUUUUCUUGUCAUCCUAAUUCUAAUGGGUAACAUAAUGACGAGUACCAACAUAAAAAUGUAUAAUUCUCAUGCAAAUUACAUAUUUUGAUGUUAAGAAGUGUUAAGUUCGUAGAAUUAAUACGCGAAUAAAAAGAGAUUGCAAAUAUCCCAUUUUAAUGGAGCAGGCAGAGUCUGUCCCCUGUCCUCAUCGAAGAGAAGAAUCCAAAGAACAUAGAGAAUAUUCCCAUUCUGGUCUAGGGAGCAUCAACAAGAAUCGAAGUCUUUACCCUGUUUAUUUUUCAGAUUGUCUGAAACUACAGGACAUGAUCCACCAUUGGAAUCAUCAACACUGUAGCAGGGGAAUUGGAUAUGUGAUGUUUUUUCUUUUUAUCUUUUUAAGUUCUUUUUUGCUUGUGUUACAUGUAGGAAAUACAUCUCACACGUCAGAUUUUUCAUGUGACCUUAUUAGGUCAAAAUUAUGUUUAUCUUUCCAUAAAAAAAUAUAUAUGUUGAUAGUGUUUACCCUAUUUAAAAACAGUGAAAAGAGAGAUACCGAAUUAAAAACCAUUCAGUUGAGAGAAUCCAAAAGUAUGGUGUCAUCAUAGACUUUCGUACCCAGAUAAAAAGAAACUUCAAUUAUUCACACCAGAGCCCUACGCUUGGAAUUUUAAUCAAUUUUAAAUACUGAAGGAUGAACCUACCGGGGACCAAGGACCUGGUUCAUGCUGAGGCUUGUCAGGGGGAGAGUUUUGUACAGCCCCGCUUUUCAUCGUUAGAAUCUCCUGUAAACACGAGGUGCAAUGAAUUAAACAGAGAAUCUACCGUAUUGUAUUUCAAAUAACUAAUGGCCUAAAUAAUGUCGUGAGGCUAAUCCUAAAAUAAAAAUUUGAUUCAACUGCCACUUACAAUGCAAAUUAUUUGAUUAAGUUAGCAUUCAACAAAAACGAACCAAAAGAUCAAAGUUAAAAGCCCAAAAGCGGCGUAAGAAUUGAAAACAGAAAAACAGAACUGAAGUUGCAUGAAACACUACGUCAUGCAAAAGUCUAUUGAUCAGUCAUUAAAUAUAUGCAGGUGCAGUCAAGAAAUCUGAGUCACCUCUCCAGCGGCUUCAAUUGCAGAUAACCAUUCAUCAGAAAAUGGAGCAGCAUUUGGAGGAGGCUUCACUGGAGGAGCUUCCUGCUUGCUUUUCGUCACAGAAUCGCUGCUGCCAUUCAAAAAAUAGAUUACAUCACUCAAAUAGUCAAGUUUCAAAAGCGUAUCUUAGUUUUGAUGUAGACAUGGAAGGGUUGCCAAAGCGUAAUUGAGCAAAUAGUUCCACGAACUAAGAUACUCACAAAUGAAUUAUUUUGCUGCUGUCUUCUCCAAAACAAAUGCCACCUUGUGUCUGCUGCUGCACGUCGGUAUUAGGAAAUUCAUCUUUUUCAAAUAUAUUAGUUUCAGCUUCAUCUGAAAAUUUUUUUGUGUUCAAUGAACUGAUUUCACAGAUUUCUGGGAUUCUAGCAUUGAAGGUUACAUUAUCUGAAGCUGGCAAAUUUGAACUUUCACUUAAAGAACAAUGUUCCUCAGAUUUCCAAGCAACUGCGUCUGUAAAGGAAUCUUUGCUUACUUCUACAGAAGAAUCACAUUCAGAAGAUAUAACGUUAUCACUGAGUUGAACUUCAACUAAUGACAAUAUGUCAGAAGAAAUUUUUUUUGCAUCAUCCAUUUGCAAAAAUUCUGUCCUUGCAUUCACAUCAAGAUUUUCACCUUUGCCUUCAGGCAUAGCCUGAAUAUGAUGAUUGGAUGCAUUGUGCUCACUUGUGUAGAUAUGGCAUCCUUCUAAUGCACCCUCGAACAAAUUUGUUUUCUUGAUUUCUUUAGAAGAAGCUAUAUUUGUGGGCAGGCGGUCGCCAUAAAAGUGCAGAUUGUUAUCCACGUUCUGGGAAUCUGUAUCAACAACUGCAUCAGGUCUUUGAAAAUCAGAAAGAUGAGAAUCUUUGAUUAUAUUAUUGUCUGCCAAUGAAAACUGAUCAUCUGUAGUCACAAGAAGACAGUGUUUACUGUUGCAGUUAUAUGCCACUGCAUUUUCAUCAAAGGAUUGCACUUGUU